AUGGGUUUAAGGGGAGUGAACAAAUUGGGAAAUUGCUUAGGUGGCGUUUCCUUGAGUUGCCUGGUGUCAGUAGAUGCCGAUGGCGGCUACUACACGGCCAUGCCGCCCGCUGCCAUGAGGCUGCAGGAGGACAAUCCACCGCCGGUGUCAGCGGCCCCUACUAACCACUUAAUAGCUAAUUUAGAGACAAAUAAUAAUCGUGCAACUGGCUCCGAGCUGGAGCUGCUCGCGAAACUGGAAGAAGCCAAUAGGCUCUACGAAUCCGACGCCAAAUCGCUCAAUUCGUUGAGCGGGGCGUCGGCGACGUCGGGACAUUCGAGGAAGAGCUCAGACACGUCGCAGAUAUCACUCACUUCAGGUACGAGCUCGACGCAGGAACGUGCCGAAGAUGGGGGAGAGGAGGACUUAUGGGUCACAUGGGGACACAUAGUUAACGAUUGGGAGAACAACUGGAAAAAACAGAACGCUCAAAUACGGGAAUUGGUCCGCAGAGGCAUACCCCUACAUUUUAGGGCCAUCGCCUGGCAGUUGCUAUGUAAAGCUACCGAUUCGCCCGAGAAGAAGUUGUACGCGGAAUACAUCAAAACGAAAUCGCCAUGCGAAAAAGUAAUACGUCGUGAUAUAGCUAGGACAUAUCCCGAACACGAAUUCUUUAAAGAAAAAGACGGCCUAGGCCAAGAAUCGCUGUUCAAUGUCAUCAAAGCCUAUUCUCUGCACGACAGAGAAGUCGGAUAUUGUCAAGGUUCCGGCUUCAUUGUGGGAUUGCUGCUCAUGCAGAUGCCAGAAGAAGAGGCAUUUGCAGUACUCGUCCGCAUCAUGGAAGACUAUCGCAUGCGGGACAUGUUCAAACCCAGCAUGGCGGAACUGGGCUUGUGCAUGUACCAACUGGAAAACCUUGUCGCCGAGUACCUACCGGACCUCAAUCAGCACUUCCAAUCUCAAAACUUCCACACUUCCAUGUACGCUUCGAGCUGGUUUUUGACGCUGUUUACGACGGCGCUGACUCUGCCGUUAGCCUGUAGGAUUAUGGACGUGUUUCUGUCGGAGGGCAUGGAGAUCAUCUUCAAAGUGGCUUUGGCGAUGUUGACGUUGGGGAAGGAGGAGUUGAUGUCGCUGGAUAUGGAGGGGAUGUUGAAGUAUUUCCAAAAGGAGCUUCCCGCUCACGCCGAAGCCGAUCCUGAGGCUUUGAUGCAGACGGCCUAUGAGAUGAAAUACAACGCCAAGAAGAUGAAGAAAUUAGAGAAGGAAUAUAUCGUUAUCAAGACCAAAGAACAAGAAGAAAUGGCUGAGUUGAAGCGGCUGCGUCAUGAAAAUAAACAGCUGAGACAUCGAUGCGAGAUGUUAGAAGAAGAGAGCAAAGCUUUAGCCGAUAGACUAGUCAAAGGACAAGUUAGUAGAGCCGAAGAAGAGGAAACCACCUUCGUGGUACAGAGGGAACUGGACGCUUUAAGGCAUACUCACCUGGAGACCACUCACCAACUAGCGUUGGCCAACGAAAGGAUCAGAGCCUUGUCUUUGAUGAUGGAAGAAACGCACACCUCACGUCAAUCUUCCAUGGAAGAAAUCACCCUAAAACAAGAGCAGCUCGUCCAACGCGAAGAGAUGAUCGAGUGUCUUCAAGAGGAACUUGUAAAAGUGCGUUUAAGGGAGGCGGAGAACGACGCCAUCAUCCGAGAUCUUCGUUCGAGAAUACACGAGUUGGAGGAAGACAAGAAAACGCUUAGGGAAAUCACUCCGGAUAAUAGUGUGGCUCAUUUGCAAGAAGAAUUGAUCGCGGUGAAGCUAAGAGAAGCCGAAGCUAAUUUAUCAUUGAAGGAUCUUAGACAGAGGGUAUCGGAAUUGAGCGAUCAGUGGCAAAGACAUUUACAGGACCACAAACAAGACCUUCCCCCACCUUCGGACCCAUUGAGCACACCUAAGAAACUACUUUUCGGCAAACUGGGACAUAAUGAAACUCAGAAAUUGGAGGAAGAGCUGAUGACUACAAGAAUACGUGAGAUGGAGACUUUGACUGAAGUUAAAGAGCUCAGACUGAAGGUAAUGGAAUUAGAGACACAAGUCCAGGUGAGCACCAACCAAUUGCGAAGACAAGACGAAGAAAUCAAAAAGCAGCUAGAACUGACCGAGGUGGCCGAAGUUAAAAACAAGGAAGCAGCAGCCCGUUUGUUGGACGAACAGCGACGAUACGCCGACCUCGAAAGCAAAAUGAAGGACGAACUGAUGAGGGCCAAGAUCAGCGAAGCCGAAAAAACGCAGGCCAACGCCGAGCUCAUGCAGAAAAUCGGACAGCUAGAACUAAAAAACCAAGAAAUCGCUACCGAAGGUGAACUCCGCAUUCAUUCUGUCGAGGCUAGCGACAAGGUAAGAGAACUCCAGGACAAAGUGGCUGAUCUUCAAGCAGAGGUCUUAAGAUUGGAGAGGAACAAGGGAGGCUUCGCUAGCGGCCGUCUAUCCGGAAACAGAUCCUCAUCGAUAGACAGCACGGAUGAAGACUCUAGAUUAGUUCUCGAAGAUUCAAUGCUGCGUCUCAACAUCGUAGACUCCCCCACCACCAAUAACGAACCCAACUUUAGCGAAUUAUCCAAAUCUGCGAGCGCAAGAAACGGCAAAAUAGAAGUAGAUACCAAUGUAAAAGCGCACACCAAGUUAGAUGUAUAUAUUAGCGACAAUUCUGUUCCGCCACAAGUCUGACACAUAGACUGAGUAUAGGAUCAUUUCUGAAAUUGUUGUAGAGAUCUUUUCUGCAAGGCUGUGUUUUGUCGUAAGGUGUCAGGAACAAAAUGUACUUUUUAUAGUUGUAUAACCUAACCUAACUUCUAAAUUUUUACGCCUAAAGCACAACAUUAAACUUGGAUUGAAGUUUGCAUAUCUAAAACCAUCUCUAAACGUAAAAUAAAUGCAGCCUUACAGCGAAAGAUGAUAUUUGGAAUUAGUUCAGUCUCUAGAAUAAUGUAGAAUUGUCUACUAGAUCAAUUGGGAUAAUUUUUAUACUUGUUUAUUAUUCAAGUUUGGGAUUGCGAAACAUUCUAAGGGCAUUUACCAGUAGUUGACUCAUUUGCGGGCAAAUGAACGUUGUAAUUUGAUAGGAAAACUAAUAUUGCAAGAUUGUAUACCAUUGUAGAAAAAUGUAUGCCACGUUCGGGUUCUGGAUGUUAGAAUUUUUACAUUUGAGAUUGUGUAGCAUAAGGUUGAUAUUGUAUACAGUGUAAUGUAGAAUAAUCUUAUGAUUUGACACCAUAAAAUUGAAAAAUGUUGACGUUUUGAUGAAUCUAAUCAGACUUCAAAAGCAUUUUUAUGAUAAAAACACCUAGAAACGCAUAUACAGUAGUUAAAAUUGUCUCUGUGCUAUUUUGCUUGUAUUGCGUCAGAACUAAUACAUUGUGCAAUGUGACAACACUGCAGUAUUGUGAAGUUUAUUUGUGGAUAUUCUAAGAAACUUCCAAAUUUGCCAAAUAAACAAAGUUUCUACAACUAUAAGUGUUAUGCCAAACAGAAAACUAGUUAACUGAAACUAAAACGUUAAAAAUGUAAUUUCGUUUUAUCAAAAUGUCGACAUUCUUCAAUUUUUAAACUAAAAACGAAUUAUACAUAUUUAUAAAAAAGAAAUUUUGUCGCAACUUUUGAGAUUUUUGUGAUUUUAGUCAGUAAUAUACAAAGUAUAGUUGAGAUUAUGUUUGUGAAAGGUUUAAGGCAUCAAUUAUUAUUUAAUAUUUAUGUAUUGAAACAUCAAAUUUAGGAUAAAAGUGAAUUACUGAGCGUAUGUGAUCUCCUAACACUUUGCUAAAAAGAAAAAUUCAGAAUUAACACGUGUUUAAUUUGAAAUAAUCUUGAUUUUUUGAUUGUGAAAAACAUUUUUGCCCAAAUUGCA